GCGUGCAUAAGUGACCUUCAAGUGCUCAACCUCUCCAUAAGCUAUUUGUGCCGCUAUCCUAUCUCGACAGGCUGUCAAUCGUUUGCGGUGCUGCAACAGACUUCGUUGUGUCAGUUGGCAUGACUGACUUAGAUCUCUAUAGUGAGAUCGUUGUCGAAGACCAUGAGAAGGAGUUCGAAAAUCUUUCUCUUUCCAAAACGCCCGAACAUACGUGUUCUCCCCAUUAUUCAUUGUUGGAAGCUGAAGUGGAAGCUUUAAAUGCUCAGGUUACUCGUCUAGAAAAAGAACGUUUGACACUACUCGCCACUAAAGACCAGGUAGCAAAUAAUUUCACACGACUAGGACUGGCCUGUCGACGAGAAAUCAGAAAGUUAAAAUCACAGAUAAAAUUGCUUUGUUCAAAACAUAAGAUUCCAGAACCUGAAGAUGUCAGUCAAACUAAUUUAGCUCAAGAUGUUCAGAUAGACCCCGAGAAGCAAAAUUUUUUCCCAGACAUGGUAGCCUAUCUGCACUCUGAUCUUCCGCCUGUCAGUAUCUAUUCUACUAACUAUGCACAACAUGGAAGUCUUAGUGUCACCUCGAAAUGUGACGUAACUACACAAACGGAACAAUUUAGACGACAUAAUUCGCGAUCAUCUGUCUCUUCUUAUGGAUCACAUUCAUCACAAUCAGUAUCAUCAAGCUCUUCAUCUUCUACAUCAUCUUCAAGUUCUAGUAAUCAUGGUAAACAUCAUAUAAGUACCGUUAAUAAUGGUUUCAUACCUAACCUUACAGAUCUGUCAAGUAAUAACAGGUAUUUACCACCCCAUUCACGGCCAGCAGUUUCAGUCAUUUCAAAGAAAUUCGAAAGAUGGACGUGUCAUGAAUCAAUUGCUAGCGGAGCUCAUGAAAAAUCUUGCAAAUUAAGCAAACGUGGACAAGAUGUCGCUUGUUCUUCACAGUUACUUGUUGAAAAACGACUCCAUGCUUUUGCGAGUAGGUCUCGAGGGAUAUCUGCAGUAAAGGAUGAUGUUGGAAAGCAGAUACUUACCAGUAAUGCACAUAAUCGUGAGUGUGCUAAACAGGUCUCCACUCAGGAAAAACAAAAUGGCUAUCUAAACAAUCAGAAAAUUUUGAAUGGUUCUAGUAAAAAUGUGCAGUCAUUAUCGAAAAGUCGAAAGCAGUCGUUUCAUACAGGAAAGGAGUACUUGUCAUCUCCAAGUAGAACCACUGAUCAACCUUCUGCCACUCGGAACUCGUUCGUCAAAAGUCAUCAUGACCCCCAGAUUGAACAAUAUGGUUCUCGUGGUUCAGCAGAAUUUCUUUCAAAUAAGCCGAACGAUUCUUGCACCGGUGCAGAACUAUCAAGUAGAGAUAAUGCGACAGACCAGCUUCUCAAGAACGUAGAAACUUCUGUGAACUUAUCACGAUAUCAUCAUUCUAUGCGUAGACGUUUUGCAGCACCCACCCACCGUAACCGAUGCUCAAGGGAUGCUUACCAUACCAAUAGAACCCAAGCUGAUGCAUUGGAUAUAAGUAGUUGUUCAAGUGAGCCUAAAAGAAAGACAAAGGGAGCCAGUGCAACGCUUUAUACAGUACGAAUGGGCUCAAAAUGUUGUAUAAAAAAUGUGGGAUUCGAGUCAGGAUCUCACGAUCCAAGCGAUGCAUGCCACAAACUCAAUGCAUCCAAAGAAUAUCUUUCUUACAGUCGGCAUUCCACACCUACAACCUUAAUCUUAGCUUCCUCGCUUUCUUCCGGAGAUAUCCACACUUCUAAAGAAAAUCCUAAUAAAGAAGCUUCAGAUGCUUUUAACAAGCCGGCGGUAGAUUCAGCUAGUCAGGCUGAUAAGUGCUCAGCCCACUGUUCUCCGAAGAAUGAUUCAUUUUCUUCACUGGAUGACAAAAACACUGACCUAGGCAUUAGAGAAGUCUUAGGGCUCACUCCGCCUACGGAGCAAGAAUCCUUUGAGUAUCAGGAUGACCUGCCUCCCAUAAGAUCCAACUCUCUUUCAAAUCGCUCUGAAGCGGAAUCCUAUCAGUCGCAGAGGCAUAAUACCACAAUAGGAAACCAAGAAGAGGGUGAAAUUUCGGAUGAUAACGAAGACGCUGAAGUGCUCAAUUCUUCAUCCGAUUUGAAUAAAAUACGCAAAAGGUCUUGGUCCCGUUCCUCACACUCCAGUUGUAAAACCCCUAAACUGUGCUCAGAACGACAAGUUAAUGAUGCUUCAAAAUGUCAGGUCUCUACAGACUUUAAACACCUAUCACCUUAUCCUACGGGUAUUUACCGGAGGUUGAGUGAAGGUUCGAGAAAUUCCGGUCCAGAUUUUUCAAAUUUGACUUAUCGAGUAUCUCCUAAAUGUGAAGAUAAACAUAACACGAAGUUAUACUGUUCAUCUGAAAAUCAUCACCAUCGUGCGUCACGAUUAGGUUCGUCUGCCUCAAUAUCCCCUUCUACGAGAAAUUCCCGAAACGAACACCACCAUCGCCACCAUUCCUAUCGGUCAUCACACUCCACAUCUAAGCAUCGUCCUGUCAAGCGCCAUUAUGUUUCUCCCGAGAGACGUGAUAGAUCAAGCACUUCAUCGAAUCCACCCAGACGACGUAUAUGUCAUUCUCCAGUAUCACCAAAUAACGCAAAUUCUAACCGUCUUCUGUUUGGGCAUAACAGAAUAGUACGUCGGAAUCGACGAUUUCGUGUUUUGUCUCCCAUAUUGAACAGGUAUCCUCAUCGUCGACUAGGUGUAAAUUUUUCGAAGGCGUCUGGUCCACGUUUCGGUCGUGACCAGUAUCAACACCAAAACCACCAACAUCGUCAUCAACGAAAAUUUUAAUGUCAUUUAAUCAUGACUUUGUACAUAUUAAAAAUAUAUUUCAUGCAUGUAAUUAGAGAAAAAGUAGAAACAGAUCAUUUUUUGCCUUUUAUCUAUUUUCGCAGUUGUUAAAGACGUUUGUAAUUUUCUCUUUAGAAUUGAUAAUUAAAAUAGUUAUUUUUUGAUUCUCCUAGUUAACUUUAUUGAAUAUGCACACUCAUUCAACAGCUAGUUUAUUUUUCGUCAAGUAAACUACCGGUGACCGACAUUUUUUCCUGUGAAUUGUUUUCUUAUUUUCCAAAAUACUGUUAAAACUGUUGAGUAAUAUGAGAUAGCAUAUAUAUUUACUUUAAAGUAUUGUAGCUGAUCUAAGCCUGUGUAUCAUCAUCAGUAUCAUUAUAAUAAUAAUAAUAAUAAUUAUAGUUGUUGUUGUCUCAGACUUCUAAUUCUUGUGAAUAAUAAUAUUAAAAGCGAUAAUCACCAUUCAGCCUAAAUAUAUGUGAAAAGAGUAGAACAAGAUAAUUUCCUUUGAAAAGCA